AUGGAUAUUGAGUAUGCUGAUAGUGACGUAACAUGUUAUAUGGAAGAAGAUACUUUAGAUAAUGAUGAAGAUAAUUUGGAUAAUGUUGAUGACGACCUUAUUGAAAGAAAAGAAGAUAACGCAGAACAAGCAAAUACGUUCGAUUUGGAUGAAAAAACUGGAUUUUUAAAGCAAAGGAUAGAUCCCAAUAAAAAAAUCAAUGUUUUGUCCACUCUGUCUCAAGAAUCAUGA